AUGCAAUCUCAUGGAGGGGUAGGCGGCGUCGACAACGUUAUUGAAAGACCUGUAGGAACCGUGCUGUCGGGGCUGGCUGCCGGUGUUAUUGGUGCCGCCAACGUAGGCGCUACGGCUGGCUACCCCAACUGCAUCAGCCUUGAUAUGGGGGGCACCAGUACGGAUGUGGCGUUGAUCCGUGGCGGCCAGGCAUUGGUCACCAGUGAGGGAAGCUUUGAAGACUAUCCGCUAAACGUACCGAUGAUUGACGUUCGCACGAUCGGCGCCGGAGGAAGCUCGAUCGCGUACGUUGACGAUGGCGGCGCGCUUAAGGUUGGGCCGGAAAGUGCCGGAGCUGAUCCGGGUCCGGCAUGCUAUGGUCGCGGUGGCAAGGCACCCACGGUUACCGAUGCCAGCCUCGUGCUUGGGUAUUUGAACCCAGCAACGUUCGCCGGCGGUUUGAACAUCGAUGUGCAGAAGAGCGAACAGGCGAUCCGAUCAAAGAUCGCUGAGCCGCUGGGCAUGACGAUAAUCGAGGCGGCACUAGGUAUUCACACCAUCGUCAAUGCGAAUAUGGCUCAAACGCUGCGCCUGGUUUCAAUCAAGCGUGGCCAUGACCCGCGCGAUUUUGUCUUGAUUCCGUUUGGCGGGGCGGGGCCAUUGCAGGGUGGUCGUCUGGCCGAGAAUGCAAGCAUCGGCCGAAUACUGGUACCCCCCACCCCAGGUGUACUGUCCGCGAUGGGACUGAUGCUCGCACCCAUCCAACACGAGGCGCUGGCUAGCUUUGAAGUGACCGCUGCCGAAGUCACGCCGACGGCAUUGCGCGCCAUUCUGGCCCCAAUGGAUGAGAGUUGUGUUGCGAAGAUGACCAACGACGGCGUGGUAGCAGAUGAGAGUCACAUCGAGUACUUCGCCGAAAUGCGCUAUGUCGGACAGUCCCAUCAACUGGACGUAUCGCUCGGCAAUUGCAUUGCGGACGAUACGGUGAGCCAAGCGAAUGAGCGUUUCCACGAUGUACACCAGGCCACUUACAACCAUUGCGAUAAGCAUGCAGCAACCGAAUUCGUUGCCCUGCGCGCUGUACAUCGCCGUGAACCUGACGAGAGGAGCCUGCUCGAUGCACAAUUCGAGGCGCGAACACAAUCACCGUCGCCUACUUCGAGAAAAGCCUGCUUGUCCGCUGAACAGGGCUACGUCGACGUGCCGAUACUUCAGCGCAAUGAGCUACCAGCAGGUCACAAACUCUCCGGUCCGGCCAUUAUCGAACAGGCCGACACGACAACACUGAUCUACCCCGGGCACUCGGGUGUGGUAGACCGUUAUGGCAAUCUGAUUAUUGAGCUUGAGACCCGGUACUCGAAGAACUAA